AUGAACAUGGCACGUCAUUUUAUUGACUUGAACUGGGACACAUUUCUGUCCAAGCUAGCUAGUGAGUUGGGAUUUGUUUCGGAGAAUGCCCAGAAGUAUAUGCGGAAGGGUUCUGAUCAUCACAAGAGAAUGUCGGUGUUGAGAGUAGCACACAUUGGAUUGUGGAAAGAAAUGUUAAUCCCUUACAUAAGGGAUAGGCUUGCAUCAGGCAGCCCCGAAAUUUCUGUCAAUGAUUACCUGUACAAGUGGAUGCCUGAAGUUGGCUGGAAGAGUGCCACCUACAGCUACAUCUUUGGAAUGACGUAUAUCUAUCUCAUGGCUCUAAUGGUGCUACGUAUGGGUGUGCGAAGGAACAAUAGUUCCUACAUCAGAGCAGGGCAGUUGUCAUUUGCACCUUUGUUCCAUAGAAGUAGCUCAUCAAAAUAUGCAUUGAUAGAUCUACACGACAGGUGA